AUGGAUCGCAGAGGAAGAGGUUCGAACCAGAAGCGCGGCCCCAGACGCGACCGCCGCGAUGCGCCAUACAACGAGUCCCCCAGAUCGGGCCAGCCCGCGCCCGCCCCCGCCCCGGUAGCAUCAGCAGCAGUAGCCGCCCAGUCAACGGCGCCGCCCCUCACCGAGCCCGUUCCCCAGGAUACACCGAGAUUCGCCGACAUGGUCGGCGUUGACCCAUCCCUGGUUCAGGCCAUCACCCAAGACCUCAAGUUCGACCACAUGAUGCCCGUCCAGGCCGCCACCCUGGGCGAGCUCCUGCCCCCCAAGCGCGGCGACUGCCUCGUCCAGGCGAAGACCGGCACCGGCAAGACGAUUGCCUUCCUCCUCCCCGCCAUCCAGACUCUCAUCACCAACAAUCGCGGCCGCGGCGCCGGAAUCUCCCUGCUCGUCAUCUCCCCGACCCGCGAGCUCGCCAUGCAGAUCGCCAAGGAGGCUGAGGCCCUCCUGCAGCGCCUCAAGCAGUAUCGCGUCUGCAUCGCCAUCGGAGGCACCAACAAGGACCGCGAGGAGAAGCAGAUCCUCAACGGCUGCGAUAUCCUCAUCGCCACCCCCGGCCGUCUCAUCGAUCACAUGUCCAACGAGUACAUCAAGGAUGCCUUCCGCCACCUCGACACCCUCGUCCUCGACGAGGCUGAUCGCCUCCUCGACAUGGGCUUCAUGCCUGCCCUCAAGGACAUCGUCCGCGCCCUGCCCGACAAGACAAAGACCAACCGCCAGGGCAUGCUCUUCUCCGCCACCAUCGCCUCCCACGUCGAGCAGGUCGCCGGCCUGGUCCUCUCCCAGGGCUACAAGUUCAUCUCCACCAUCCCGGCCGGCGAGGCCAAUACCCACGAGCGCGUGCCCCAGCACCUCAUCAAAGUGCCCACCUUUGCCGCUGUCGCCCCCGCCAUGGUCGGCGCCAUCCGCGAGGAGGCCGCCCACGUCGGCCCGGACACCUUCAAGGCCAUCAUCUUCGCCCCCACGGCCGCCCUCGCCGACUUUUACGGCGACGUCCUCGCCAACGUGCCCGGCAUGCCGCCCACCGCCGUGCUGCACUCCCGCAUCUCCCAGAGCAAGCGCACGAAGACGACAAACGACUACCGCGACUCCAAAUCCGGCAUCCUCGUCGCUACGGACGUCAUCGCCCGCGGCAUGGACUUCCCCGGCGUCACCUCCGUCUUCCAGGUUGGCAUCCCCGCCGACAAGGAGUCCUACAUCCACCGCCUCGGCCGUACCGCCCGCGCCGGCGCCGAGGGUCGCGGCAUCUUCAUCGUCGCCGAGGUCGAGGGCUUCUUCCCGCAGUGGACCCUCAAGGAGAUCACCUUUGAGACCCGCCCCGCCGACCUCUCGGCGGCCGAGGCGGUGUACGACAUUGCGGAGCAGCGCAUCGAUGAGACGCAAAAGGCCAAGAUCUAUCAGGCUUGGCUGGGCUACUACAAGAACUGGAUGAAGCCACUCAAGUGGGACAAGGAGCAGCUCGUCGCCGAGGGCAACACCUUUGCCCGCGACGCGCUCGCCUGCCCCGAGACGCCCGCGAUCCAGAAGAGCACCAUUGGCAAGAUGGGUCUCCGCGGAACCAGAGGUUUGGUUGUUAUUCCCGAUGCGCCCAAGAGCCGGCACGGACACCGCGGAGGUGGUGGCGGCGGCGGCGGCGGCGAAGGCCGCAGCGCCGGUUCUGGUGGUCGUGGAGGUGGUGGCGGUGGUGGUGGUGGCGGCGGCGGCGGAGGAAGACGGGGUGGACGAUUCUAG